AUGUACGUACACCCCAGGGGCCCCCGCAAGCUGCCGCUGCAUGCGCUGCUGCUGCUGCUGCUGCUGCUGCUGGCGCUCUUUUGGGGCCCCACAGGCCGUCCCCCGGGUCCCCCGGGGCGCCGCAGCGCCGGGGGGGCCUCGGGGGGCCCCCCCGGGGCCCCGUGGGGGCCCCUGGGCGCGCAGGGGGCCCCCCCGGGGGGCCCCCCGGGGGCCCCCCGGGGGCUGCAGAAGUCCCCGCGGGCCCGCCUCGAACAGAUGGUCAUGGGGAGCCCCUUAAGUGGCAGCACUUCCAGUCUUUUGGCUGAAGACGAAGCAGCAAAAGAAGAGACAGAAAGACUUUUGGCUGUCUCCUCUUUGGGCCCCGCAGACCGCUUUCGGCAGCUCAUAGAAGAGGAGGCCAAGUUGGCGGCGCUGGCGGAGGGGGGGCCCCCGGGGGGCCCCCGGGGGCCCCCAACGCAGCGGUGGCCCUGGAAAGCGGGGGGCUGCUGCUGCACCCUGUGGGGCCCUGGAGGCCCCGGCAGCAGCAGCGCAGCAGCAGCAGCAAAUGGGCCAAACUGGGGUUGGGAGUUUUGCCUCCUGCUGCUCUUUUCUCGCAGCUAA